AAGAUGGCGGCCGCGGCCGGGGGGUUGUAAGGAUCGCGGCGACAGGCCGAUGGCGGCCGGGGCGCGCCCUCGGGGAUCCGCGGAGCGUUAGGGCGCGACGCUGGGCGGCAUGUCGGAGCACGCGGCGCCCGGGGCCCCGGGGCCCGGGCCCAACGGCGGUGGCGGCGGCCCGGCCCCCGCGCGCGGGCCUCGCACCCCCAACCUGAACCCCAACCCGCUCAUCAACGUGCGCGACCGGCUCUUCCACGCGCUGUUUUUCAAGAUGGCAGUGACCUACUCGCGGCUUUUCCCGCCCGCCUUCCGCCGCCUCUUCGAAUUCUUCGUGUUGCUCAAGGCCCUGCUGGUGCUGUCCGUCCUGGCCUACAUCCACGUCGCCUUCUCCCGCUCACCCAUCAACUGCCUGGAGCACGUGCGUGAGCAGUGGCCGCGUGAGGGCGUCCUCCGUGUGGAGAUCCAGCACAACUCCAGCCGCGCGCCCGUCUUCCUGCAGUUCUGUGAUGGCGGCGCCCGUGGCAGCUUCCCGGGCUUGGCCAUGGAGCCCAGCGGGGGGAGCCUGGAGCUUGAGGACGAGGAAGAGGAGGAGCUGACCAUGGAGAUGUUUGGGAACAGCUCCGUCCAGUUUGAGCUGGACAUUGAGCCUAAGGUGUUUAAAUCUCCGGGUGGUGUAGACACCCUCAACGACAGCCAGGAGUUCCCCUUUCCUGAGACCCCCACCAAAGCCUGGCCGCAGGAUGAGUACAUCGUGGAGUACUCGCUGGAGUACGGCUUCCUGCGCCUGUCCCAGGCCACACGGCAGCGUCUCAGCAUCCCCGUCAUGGUCGUCACGCUGGACCCCACUCGGGACCAGUGCUUCGGGGACCGCUUCAGCCGCCUGCUGCUGGAUGAGUUCCUGGGUUACGAUGACAUUCUCAUGUCCAGUGUGAAGGGGCUGGCGGAGAACGAGGAGAACAAGGGUGCGGCUGCCUGGGGCUUCCUGCGGAACGUGGUGUCGGGCGAGCAUUACCGCUUCGUCAGCAUGUGGAUGGCACGCACCUCCUACCUGGCUGCCUUCGUCAUCAUGGUCAUCUUUACGCUGAGCGUGUCUAUGCUGCUGCGCUACUCCCACCACCAGAUCUUCGUCUUCAUCGUGGACCUGCUGCAGAUGCUGGAGAUGAACAUGGCCAUCGCCUUCCCCGCAGCACCCCUGCUGACCGUCAUCCUGGCCCUCGUCGGCAUGGAGGCCAUCAUGUCCGAGUUUUUCAACGACACCACCACGGCCUUCUAUAUCAUCCUCAUCGUGUGGCUGGCCGACCAGUACGAUGCCAUCUGCUGCCACACCAGCACCAGCAAGCGGCACUGGCUGCGGUUCUUCUACCUGUACCACUUUGCCUUCUAUGCCUACCACUACCGCUUCAACGGCCAGUACAGCAGCUUGGCUCUGGUCACCUCCUGGCUCUUCAUCCAGCACUCCAUGAUCUACUUCUUCCACCACUACGAGCUGCCAGCCAUCCUGCAGCAGAUGCGCAUCCAGGAGCUGCUGUUGCAGGCGCCCCCGCCAGGCCCUGGCUCCCCCACGGCGCUGCAGGACAACCUCAACAAUAAUGCCGCUGCCCCCGGCCACCCCGCUGGCCAGGCCCCCGCCCUGGACCCUGGCUCUCCCGGUGCCGGUGGGACACCUGGGGCCGUGGCACCCAGCUCCCUGGUGGCUGCAGCGGCCUCAGUGGCCGCAGCGGCCGGAGGCGACCUGGGUUGGAUGGCAGAGACGGCUGCCAUCAUCACGGACGCCUCCUUCCUAUCGGGCCUGAGCGCCUCCCUGCUGGAGCGGCGGUUGCCUCCGACACCCAGCGGGCCUCCCCGCACUCCCACGCCCCCUGUGCCCCAGGACGGUGUUCCCCAGGAUGGUACCCCCCAGAAUGACUUCCCAGCACUGGAUAUGAGCCCCCUGGCUGCCCAGGAGAGCAGAACCAGCCCUGCCCCCGAGGCCACUGAGGACACACCCUCAGAGGCGGGUUCCUGAACCCUACUGGCAGCUGAGCCACCUCUGUCCCUGGCUCUUCCAUCCGGCUGGGCCUGGCCCUGAUGACGACCGGAGGGGUGGGGGAGGCCCUGCGGACUGAUAUGCGCUCUCACGGGGCACCAGGGCCCUCCCCUUUUGGGGCCGCUCUGGUCUCAGCUCUGGACUGCCAGAGUUCAGCUCAGAUGCGCCUGGAAGGUGGCCUUCUCAGGUGUGGGCCCAGCUGGACGUGCUUUUCAGCUGCCAAGCAGACUGGCUGCUGGGCAUAGGACGGGACUGGGCUCUGUGGAAGGUCUGGAAGGCGCUUUUGAAAGGUCUGCAGUGAACUGUCCCCGAGGACAUCGCGGUGCCUCUAGGGCAGGUCUCUGACCCUUGGAUGGAAGCAGGGACGGCAUUCCCGGCAGCUGACCCCUUUCCCGGGGCUAGCCGCCAGGUGCUCCAUGCACAGUGCCUUCUCCAAGCCUUGCCCGAGAGAGCGGGGCUGGUGCCUGGGUGCAGGGCCUGGGCCAAGCAGCCACAGAAUCACUCUGAGGGACGCGGAGAGUGCUCAUUCCACUCUAUUUAAUUGCAGUGUACAAAAUUGUGUUUGUAUAUAGAAUAAACCGUCUGUUGACA